GAAUCGAUUUUUUUUGGAUUACUUCAAAACUCACGUUGAUCACAAUGAUCCGCUUCCCAUUAGGGUACCAGGUUAUAAUCUGAUAGAAGAAGAAAUGUCUGGAGAGGUAAUUAAUUGGGCUCAAACCUACUUGUUACAAAUCUAGCCUGAAAUACCAAAUAGUUCGUCCAAAUGUAUCUCAUAGUUUAGCUAACUUCAUUUUAGUUUAAUAUAUUACUAAUCGUUUAUUGCUAUACAAACACUGAAGGAGAUUACAAGUAGUAAUCGAAAUACCGGUAUCUGUUAAAUAGUGAAGUGCAAGUGCAUUUAACUAUAAAAAACAUAGUGGAAUUAAAUGGAAGAAAACCUUUGAAAUAUUAGGAAAUGCCCGCAAAUUCUGCUUUCACCUAUUGUCAACGAGGUUCUCAAAGAAACCAGGAACUUAUGCAAAAAAAAUCCCAAACAAUGUGGUUUUGAUGGAUAUGCAUUUAACCCGUUGAAGCUAAGCACAGUUGUAAUAUGUCAUGCAAACACUGUCUGCGAAGGGCUGAUGGAUAAUGCCAAACUGAACGAAAUUCUAUCGAUAAGUUCUGCAUCGAUUUUUAACCAUAUCCCUCCGUAUUGUGUCAAAGCGAUUAAAAACACACGGCGAAAAAUGGAAGACAGAAAUACGUGUAUUAGUGAUUUUAAUGGAAUGUUUCAUACUAAAGAUUCCGAACCAACUAGCUUUUAUGGAGUAUUUGACGGGCACGGCGGCCAGGAUGCCGCUGUUUAUACAUCCGCACAUCUUGGCUAUAACAUUGCCAAUAGUACCAAAUACCCCAAAAACAUUCUUGGGGCAAUUAGGGAAGCAUUUUUAAAAACCGAUGAGGACUUCAUUGCCAAAUCUGAAAAACAUGCAAUAUUCAGUGGAACAACAGCUUUGGUGUGCCUCCAUAGGGCAAUAGAGAAAAAAUUGUUUUUCGGGUGGGUUGGUGACUCGCAGGCCUUACUGGCUUGCGAAGGAAAAGUGUGUCAAAUAAUUUCACCGCAUAUUCCAUCAAUUGAGAGUGAAAGAAUCAGAAUCGAAAAUACAGGAGGCGUUGUUGUCAACUGGAAAGGUUCAUGUCGUGUCAACGGAUUGCUUGCCGUAUCCAGAGCAAUUGGCGAUGCCUCACAUAAACCGUUUAUUAUAAGUGAUCCAGAUACUUCAUUGAUCAAUCUUGAAGGUAAAGAAGAUUUCCUUAUCAUCGCUAGUGAUGGCUUGUGGGAAUCUCUUAGCGAAGACGCCAUAGCAUUAUUGGUUUAUCGGCAGUUAGCAGCAAAUCCAGGGUGCGCUGAUACCAUUGCCGAUACGUUGAUCGAAAGCGCUAGGAAGGGAACAACAGACAACAUAACUGUCGUGCUAGUAUUUUUGAAGGAUCCUAAUUUGAUAGCAAAAUCGAUCUGGCUCAGUAACAUGGAAGCUGCUUGUGACAAAAAUAAUACAACCUUUGAGAAUGAGGUUAUAUCUCCAACGUUAGCAUCAAACCAAAACAAUGAUGAGUCUAAAGAGGAACACUUAACAAACGAAAGACCCAUCAUACAAAACAUCCAUCGCUUUGAAGACGAUUUUGGACCAGAAACAGACGUAGACGGUCAGGAAGAUGCAACUUUAACCAAUACUUCUGCUUAUUGUGGAGAAAACAAUAUAAGUGAGAAGAAUUUAUCAAAUUCCGUAAAAAAUAUUUCGUUAGAAAACAAAAUUCUUAAACAUCUAUCAGAGCAGAACAAAGAUUUCCUAGCCGAUAGUAACCCAUUUAAAAACGAAAAUUCAAAUGAAUCCCACGAUCUGCUAACUUCAGAAAUGGUAUUGCUUGAUCAGCCAACAACACAAAGUGGAGAACUGCCUCGCGAAUUGUCAGUUGAUAACAAAAUUAUUGAUGCUUUAGAGGCAUUGGGAGUUACAAAUGGCAAAAAGGAAAACCAUGAUAUAAUCGACAAAACGGGUGACAGCACUUAUUUUGGCGUUGGUAGAAAGUCUCCUGACCUACAAGACAUUUUAGAAAAAGUCGACUAUACUCACGAGAAGAAUGUGUCUAUUUCUGAGGAGCUGAAAAAAUGUGUUUUCCCUGACAAACUAGAACCAAACAUGGAGCAAGGAACAUCACACACUGAAAUGGGUCACAUCCCUAUUGCUGAUACUGAUUCUCUAUGUGCGGCUGCAGAAUCGGAAGAAGAGGAAGACGAAUGGAAUUACAUCGAAGGUGUUAAAAAAUUAACACAUGAGCUACACAGAACUACAAAUGAGGAAACUAAACUUGUGAGUGAGAUCUACGAUCCUGUAGAUCAGGGGCAUACGGCAGAUUUGAUUCAAAAGUUUACAUACAUCGAUGAGCCGAAAGCACACAUUGCAUUGACACCUAUUACAGCACUGGAAACUGAGAAAACUGACGGAACGAAAGACGAGAACAUCGAACUUAGUACCAAUCAGGAAGAAUCCUCUUUAGGGGUUGGUACAGUUGUACCGGAAAUUGCAGAAAAUCCACAAGAACAGGAUCAGUUGGAGUCACAACAAACAGAACAGAACGAUUCACUUCUUUAUGUAGCAUCGCCAAAAUCUGAGCAGUUAGUUUUAUCUACCGCCUUUGAAAAACACGACGCGUUUGCAGAACUAUCAUUCGAAAAGGAAACAUUCGGCUUGGAAUCCAUUAGCGUAUUGGAUACUAUCCAAGAACAAACGGUGCAAACUAUUACUGAAACAGAGACAGAAAUAGGCAUCGACAAAGUGCUGGAACGGCCAGAUAAUCUCUCUUUUGAAAUGGCUUCAAAACUUAACCCGGAAGCAAAGGAAUUUAUCCCCACCGGUUCGCCAUGUCGAUCAGAUCCUACGAGUCCAGUUGAAAAUAUUCCUACUGUACUCCAGAAUUCAUAUUUAAUGCUUUCUGAUGAUACCGUGAUUGCACAGAGUCCUAAGAAAGGAGGCAAUACCAUGGAUAAUAUUGAUGUACCAGCAGAAAUUGACUUUCAGCAUGAGAUGAGCAAUAGACCGCAUGAAUUUGAACUUAAAUCUGAAUUUACUAACGGUAAUGUUGAUGCAGCUGUCCGUUUACACUCUCCUGCUAGCGAACCUUCAUAUCAAGAAAUGAACCUGAAGGAAGCAAUGCAAUGCGAUGAAAAGCUCGAGUACGAAUAUAAUGACGAACAGCAAACGUUGACCGAAAAUAUAUGUACGGAGGGUUCAAAUGAAGACCUAAUAUUAAAUGUACUUUCGAAAGAAUCAAAUGCAAUGAACACAUCCUUCUACGAAGGACGUGGUGAAGUGAUACUCUCUAGCAAUUCCGACGUAUUGAAUAAAGUCCACCUGCUACCGGAUGAGGAAGAGCUUAUAGAGCAGAUUAACAAUCAUUAUGAGCCAAGGGAUUCACCACGGACAGAAGAACAUGUAUCAGACACAAGAGCUCUAGAGCUGUUUGCAGUCGAAAACGAAUCAUUAGAAACACAAGACCUACUACAGACAACUAUUGAAGAAUCGAACUCAGAACCACAUCUUCGGGAAGAACCAUCAGCAUCUGUUUUUACUGUUGCUGUACAAGUGGUCAAUGACGUUUCGGCUUUGCUAAAUGAAAUGCAGUUUGCUUCACCUGUCAUUGGAAAUAUUUCAGAAAUAGAUGAAACUCAACAGAAAUCAGCAUUGAACGAAGGUCUGGCAGAUAUAAAGCAAAAUUUAAAUAGUUUAGAUGCAGCCAAAAACGAUAAAAUUCCGGUUACCUUGAUAAACUUGGAUAUGCAAAAUGGAGCAAACCCAAGGGAAAUUAUUUCAGAAAUGGAGCAUCACUGUGAAACUAAAGAAUUUCAAUUGCCUGUGGAAACAUUGCAACAAACAAUUGUUACUGAAAUGAAACCUCUGGUAAAUGUCCAAUCCUCCGUCAUGUUUAGCGGAAUUGCAGAAAAACAUCUUAAAACAUUCAGUGAUAUGUCAUCAAUUGAAAAUACUACUGGAAAAUUGGCUGAUGUUUUAGAUGCGGAAUUGAAUAAUUUUGUUCCUGUCACAAAAGUGCCUGUUUCUGACAUAGUCCAGCUCAAUAAUAAGGCCAAAUCCGUUGACAAUUCUGCAGGAGUUGCACUAGUGACAGCAAUGGCUCCGACAACAUCAAAGUCAGUAGCAUCUAAAGUUGGAGCUCCAAGGAUUGCCACAAAGACUGCAGCAACAAGUGUUGAUAAAAAGGUGCCUACAUCUUUAACUGAACCUCUAGCAAAAUCUCUUACAAAACCAACGACUCUUGCGAAAUCAAUGACUGCAUUAAAAAAAAACGCUGCUUCCAGUUCACAAGGAAAUGCUAGUGGCUCUAAACAGCCCCUACUAGUAAUUAAAUCGCCCACUGUGGCAGCAGCACGUUCUAGUGUAUCUAACAAAAUUGCGACUGAAAAGAAGGUAUCUCUAACUGCGAAAAAACCAUUGACAACUACUGCUGUUAAUGGUGAUUCAAAAGCAGUGCUAACUAUUAAAAAAGUUCCAACAUCUGCGCCAAAAGUUAUAUCUACAACCACCACUACAAGCAGUACCAGUGCAAGGCCAUCAAGUACUACUAGCAAAUCAGCGACGACACCGAAGUUACUAACUGGUUCCACAACCAGGACUACUUCAUCUGCAUCAUCAAGAACUAGUACAACUAUUUCUCGCACAUCAAACGCACUUCCGUCUGCUAAACAUCGAAUCGUACCGCCAGUAGCGACUAAAACCAUUGGAUCAGAUUCAACCAGUAAGACGAGCGUGGCUUCAAGUGUCAUCAAAAAGAUCAGUAGCAGUGCACAGAGUGCUACUCAGAGGACUCCUGCUACUAAUAAAACGAGCACCUCCGUGUCCAAGUCAACAAGCCGGACAUCUACUACAUUAAAACCGAGCAACCCUACGACAAUUCUACGUAAAAGUAAUACAAAUCCCAAUAAAAAUCCAACUUCAACCCCAGUGCUGAAGAUAGGCGCAAAGACUUCUCCGUCUGGCAAGUCGGUUCCGACAAAAUCAGCUAUUUCAAAUCUCGACGAAAUAAUUUUAGAUGAGGAGAGAACCAAAAAUCUUUUAGAUAUUGAGGAACACUUGACGAAGGGCAAUCAGAGAAUUAUUAAUAAUGGAACUGAUUGGCAAAUGACUUUAAACGAUUCCGCAGAAGACUAAAUUUUUGUUCCUUUUUAUAUUAGGUAUCCGUUUUUUUACUUGGUUUUGUGACAACAUAUUUGCAUGUAACAGCUACUAUUACUAUUCUUGAAAUCAAAUCUUCAAAAUGAUUACAAUUGGAGUGAUACUAAUUAUUAAAACAUGUAGUUAUAAUCAUCUGCUAAUUUUUAAAUCGAACAAAUAAGUCGCUAUUUUCGCACUGUCAACUUCGCGUUUGGAAUUCACAAAAUCAAGACUAUCCGACAUAGCGUUAACUCUAAUUGUAAGGGGCUUUAAUUUUGAAUGUCUGCAAAAUGAUAACAAUCACAAAACGGUUUUUUGAAUCGAUUUUAAUAAAAAUCGCUUGAUUAAAAAAAAAAGUUUAAAGCUAUUGCAUUUGCAUUGAAUUACUUUUGUAAUUAUUUCACACACAUCGUAGCACUGAAUAAAGCACUUUUAAAUGGCGAUCAAAUUGUUAUUUUUGGGAAAUAGCCCAUCUUGUGCCGAACAUAGUGAGAUUCAACUAACGGAACUGUUAUUUUCGUGAUUUUUUGCGAUGUUGUGAGUAAUUUGCAAGUGAUGUUUUUAGAAUAAAAUUCAGUCAGUGAUAAUUCUAGAAAUCCAUUUUACACAACCGAUAGUUUCCGUUAGUAUGUAAUGAAGAUUUGAAUGUUGAUGGCAGGGAAUGUUUUUUUUAAUUCUAACUAUACCUUUCAAUGUGUAGAUACAAUUAUACCAAUUCAAUAAUUGUGCUACUCCAUAAGAAAACACGCAAUUGUAAAAGGCAUAACAAAACAUUUUAUCAACAGAAUAAUUCCGUAUAUUUAAGCAUUGUGGAGUCACGAAAGCAUGCAUUAAACAUAGAUCAAUUAUCUACUAAAACUUUAUACCUACCAGUCGCGUCUCCUGUUUCGAUAUAGCUACCUUCUGUAAGUACAAUAUUUCAUAAGUCAAGAACUAAGCCAUCAAUACGUAUAAUUAGCUUUCUUUUUCAUCAACCAUCAGCCUUUCGUGUACUACGUAAAACUUAUGCACUUCAAUCUUCACGUCAAUACUAAAAAGAGAAAAAACGAAACCUUCCAGCGAAAUUCCAUCACCUUUGUAAGUUUCCAUCAGCGAGUCGCAAUAUUAUGCGUUAGUAGACAGUAAAAGAUAUUGUGUUCUAUUUAUUCUUCAGAUACAUUUGAACAGUAGUAUGAUAUUAUCAUUAAGGAAGAUCAAUUCUAUAUUAAAUUUGCAAAAGGGCGAAUAAGAUUUGUAAACAAACUUUUAUUUUGAUGGUUUCUCUUAAUUUACUAUAAUUUCAAAGCAGAAAACAAUUGAAAUUACUUCUACGAAGCGUAAAAAUUUACAUUAACGCAAAUUUUUAUGAAAUUCAACUGUGCAGCAGACUAAUGAGCGAAACAAGUUUGUUUACAAAAAACACUUUCGCCCUUUUGACGAAUUAAUAUUGAAUUGUAUUUAAUUUUUUUUUAGAUCAAGAUGGAGAAAAAGGUGGGAACAUUUGACACUUUUGAGUGUAUUAGUACACGGAAACGAAAAACUACCUAAAAUUGAGUUCCUUUGACUCAAUCUCGUGGUAUCGUGGGGGAACUUAAAAUUAGGUAAACCGUGUUGAAGGUAGUUUCCAUUUAACCACGGCAAAAAUUACAACUGAUUGAUAAGUUUUUUAUAUUCAAAUUUAAGUUGAAUUUACCUAAUUUUGAGUUCACCCCAAACAACUCAAAAGUACCUUCCUCCACGGAAGACCUCGACUGAGUCAAAUCUCUUUUUUUGUUUUUGACAACACUAAUAAGUGCGAAAGCGACGCACAACUCAAAAGUUAAAAGAACUUAUUCUGCAGGUUGUUUUAUUUAACCGUGUAUUAUACUUGCAAAAUUAAGCAUGGCGGUCGGGGCCCUUGAAGUAAACAUCAACAUCCGAACGAGCAUCCUGAUUCUUUGGCACACGAUGAAAAGUGAGAAAAGUCCGAGCUUCACUUCGGGGGCCCUAUUCUCACAGUCACGUCACCCAGUGACUAGAACAAAAUUUCCUUCUAGUCACUAAGUGACGUGACUGUGAGAAUAGGGCCCCGGAUCUAUCGAUUAGAACACUUAUGGACACUUUUUACAUCGAAAAUAAUCGAUUAAAUUAACUAUGACCGAACCGAAACAAAACUUAUGGCAACAGAAGGGCCCGCUACGUCAACUGUUUGUGCUUUUCUUCUUCAUAUCCUCUUGUUUUUUCGGCUUCACCGAAGAAAAAUGACAACCGCACUCACACACAGAAAAAAAUGUGCACACCUGUAGCCGUCCUGCGUUUAGAUGCAAUCUUUCAGUUUUUCCCAACCCAAUGAAAAGUCUAGGGCUUUAUAUUUGUCAAACUAGUCUUUGAAAUAUUUUACUACUUUUUACUAAACAUACGCACAAGGUAAAACUAUCGCGAACUGGUAAAUAUUUCAUCAUUAUCGCAAAACUAUAACCGCCAUUUUGGACAAUUAAUUAGAAAUGUGUCGCCAUAAAGUUAGAAACGCGAAUGAUCCUGUUGUACCAACCAUUCUAAGCUCGUUAGUUCACCCGCCAACUCAUGCUAGUUGGAUAUUCAGCCUUAUUCUGCAUUACGACGGAUCACAUUUUCGAACGAAUGUGGUUCGAUCGAAGCAGGCCCUCGUUUGGUUUUGCUGUCGUUAUUGAGAAUACAAAUCACAUUCGUUCGAAAAAGCGAUCCGUCGUAAUGCAGAAUAGGCUGAUUAUCUAAAAACUUACGAAAGCGAACAGAUUGUGCCUUUAUAUCAUCAGUCUAAACUAUGGAGGUUAGGUCUAGUUUUCUGGAAGUUUGGUCAAGUAAUUUCGGAAGGUCGCGCGGUAGUGUCAUUUUCACCAUUGAAAUCGUUGUUCCACAUGUGCCUAACAUCCUCAUCGCAUAUGAGUACAGCUUAUGGUUUUCAAAUCACACCAUCACAUUCAGUGUGUGUCGUCUAUCUGCUUUAUUUGCGCACAUUGAAGAUCAGUAUGUAUUAUAGUGUAAGAAAAAUAACUAGAAAGAUACCGCUGCAAGCAGUUAUUGUUUAUUUAUUAAGCUGUACCUCCUUCAACUUACAACUUCAUCAAUCAACAACAAUCACAGUCAUAUCAUGACAAGACUUAGACAGCAGCAAAACGAUGUUGUGGUGUGUAAGAUCAAAUUAUUAUUUGCGAACAACCGUUGAACAAAUACCAUAUUUGACAAAAUACUGCAAUGAAUAUAAUUACCUUGAUGCUAGUAGUAAAAUGAUUAUUACUUAUUAUUGGUUGUUUAUUCUAUGACAUAUGAACUUUGAUUAUUGACGAUUAUUGGAACUCAAACAUAAUUUAACACAUUUAUAUAAAUAUAAUAUUCAUAUGCUUGCAAAUUUUA